UUUUAGACGUACACACGAUCACUUUAAUCGAUAAGACCUGUUAUUACAAGUAUAAUACUGCAUGCACCAGGUAAAAAGUCGAUAGUACGGGCCUGUCAUUAUUUCGAGUGUCCUUGGUUCUGUGUUAACAACUGCUCUGAAUGUGUAUUAUUAACUUGGCCAAUGUUUAGAUAUGCAUAACUGUACCGGGGAACUUGAUAAAAACCUCAUUAUCUAACGGACUCGAUCAUAGUUCCUAAAAUGAUCGCGGUGAAGAUAUCGACUGUUUUGCUUUUUCUCGGGCUCGUGCACUCCUCGCUGCAGGAUGAAAAGUUACCGAAAGUUAACACGCCUUUGGGAAGCAUAAUUGGUUACCAUAAGAAGUCCCGAAAUGGUAAAGCGUAUCGAGCAUUCGAGGGCGUCCCUUACGCGGCACCUCCGGUUGGAGAGCUUAGGUUCCAACCACCUAAACCUGUGCAGAGCUGGGAAGGAGACUUACCCGCGAAUAAAAAGAGUUCCGUUUGCACUCAGUAUCUUAUGUCUGGGAUAUCGGGAACCGGAGAAAGAGUAACGGGUUGUGAGGACUGUCUGUACCUGAACAUUUACGUGCCUGAGAGGAACAACAAUAAAGAAUUGCUACCAGUGAUGUUUUGGAUCCACGGUGGAGCGUAUCAAUUUGCUAGUGGAAAUGAAGCGAACGAGACAUUCAUAAUGGAUACCAAUGUUGUGCUUGUCACUGUGAAUUAUCGUUUAGGACCAUUUGGUUUCCUUAGCACGGGAGACAAGGAAGUACCUGGAAAUAUGGGGUUGAAGGAUCAGAGCUUAGCUUUGCGUUGGGUGCACGACUAUAUUAAGAAUUUCGGCGGUGAUCCUAAUCAGAUCACGAUUUUCGGAAUGAGCGCCGGUGGUUCGAGCGUUCAUUAUCACUAUUUGACGAAAUGGAGCGCGGGUCUUUUCCAAAGAGGCAUAUCGAUAAGUGGUGUAGCGCUUAAUCCUUGGCCACAGACGGAGAAUGCUCCCGAGAAAGCGAAGAAAUUAGGAGCAAUCCUGGGAUGCCCGACUGACGAUUCAUAUAGUUUGGUCAGUUGUCUACAAAGUCGGCCUGCGCGCCUCAUAUCUCAAGCUGUCGGUGACUUUAUGUAUUGGAAGUACAAUCCUUUCACUCCUUUCGGACCAGUCGUCGAGAAAGAAGGAGACAAUCCUUUCAUUUCUGAUACUCCAAUCAAUGUAAUCGCUAAAGGUGAAGCAACGGAUGUUCCAUGGAUUACUGGAGUAGUUAGCGAGGAGGGAUUAUAUCCCGCGGCAGAAUUUGUCAACGAUGAUAAACUGCUGAAGCAGUUGAACGAUGACUGGGACAAGAUUGCACCGUAUUUGCUCGACUGUAACGACACUAUUCCGCUUAGUCAGCAAAAGGCAGUGGUAGAAAAAAUUAGAAAAUAUUACUUAGGAUCGAAAGAAAUUAACAAAGACUCUGUUAUGCCACUGAUACAUAUGAUCGGAGACAGAUUGUUCUCCGUCGAUUGCGAGAAGGCUGCUAGGUUACAGGCGAAACGUAACAAGAGUCCAGUGUGGACUUAUUUGUACUCUUACAGGGCAUCGCAUAGCUUGAGCGACGGGUUCACUAAUUCUGAUCGUAACUUUGGUGUGAGCCAUGGUGACGAUAUAUUCCUUGUGCUUUCCACGGGGCUCUCGAACGUCGUGAAGCCAAAGGACAUCGAAAUGCAAAACCUUCUCGUGAAAUUGUACACAUCGUUCGCCAUUGAGGGCAAGCCACGCGUCGAUAAAGCUAAAUGGGAGCCGCUGAAACAUAAUGAAAAAUCAUACCGAUAUUUGCAUAUAGCCGCUCCGCAAAAAGUAAAUAUGCACUCUGACGACAAUUUCGCGCAGAAGAAGUUCUGGAGCACGAUCAAAUUCAACGAAAAUAAAGUGUGUCAUAAAAAGCACGGAAAGAAAAAAGGGAAGCAUUAG